AUGAAUUUCAAUAUGCCCAGCAACCAAACUGUGGAGCGGAAUUGUUUGAAAACAGUUCUCACGAAAACCAUGGGACAUGAGAAGAUGAGAUUCACGGUGGUCCUAGCUUGCAUGGUCGACAGAACAAAAUUAAAGCCUAUGGUUUCAGAAAUAUCAGUCUAUGUGACCAACUUGGAUGGGAUUUUGCCUGUGAAAAGGAAACACCCACGAAAAGGAAAGAAAAAAUCCAAAUUAUCACAGAAAUGCCAGAUUGAGGAAGCAACUCAAUGUUUCUAUGUAAACAAAAAAAUUAUCCUCUUUACUCUGAUGAUUCUUGUUAUUGUGAUAAUAACAUGGACUUUACUGUGGGUCUUUGUCUUGCGGACACAAAACAGUACUGCUUUGUAUUUCGCUGGAUUAUUCCGUAUAGCUAAUGCUGAAUUUGUUCCUGAGUAUCGAAGAAAGGACUCCCCUGAAUUUCUCUCUAUGGCAGCUAAAAUUCAGCAAGUGAUGAACAAUGUUUAUGAGAAAUCACUUUUCUCCAAGUUAUACAAGCAAUCUACCAUUUCUGACUUGAGUAACAACAACAAUGGCGGCAUCCUUGUUCACUUCUGGAUUGUCUUUGUAGUUCCAAAUGUGAAGACUGUAUUUGUGUGUGAGGACUGUGUCAGCGCUAUCUUAAAGGAUUCCAUUCAGACAAGCCUAGUAAACCGUACAUCGGUUGGGUACCUCCUUGGACUUCCUGUGGACAUGGACUCCAUUGUUGUUAAUGCUGGCCUCCGUUCAGAUUACAUUGCUACAGCAAUGACAGGUUCUAAAUAUGUUAUGGAUAAAUCUGCUGAGCAGACUGGUAUUCUCGUUCCUCUAAACUUCUUUGCUGCCUCUGGACGAGUAAGCUGCCAUUUCAAGCUUACUUCGCCACCAGGACAUGUCAUUCGCCUCUCUCUCAGUUCUCUGCACAUUGAACCUGACAGUUGUGUCACAGACUCGCUCAACAUUUAUGACUCUCUCAUGCCUAUCAGGAGUAGGAAUUUGUACCGAGUCUGCGAACACUUUGCUUCUUUCCCAGUUUCCUUUGUAUCCACUGGCAAUGGCAUGUUUCUGUCAUUCAAAUCCCUCCGAGUGCAUGGAAUAAAAGAAAUAAAUGGCUACUUUGAAGCAAUUCCUAAAGAAAAACUUGAAAGCACCAUAAUUUCAACAGAUGGGACAAGAUUGGAAGGAAAUAUCACCAGUCCAUAUUACCCAAGCUAUUACCCUCUAAAAUGUAGUCGUACCUGGACAUUUAAGACAUCCCGGCCUUCUUUUGGACUAGCAUUGAAAUUUCAUAACUACACUGUGAAGGAAAAGGGACUUGAAAGAUGUGAUCACGGCUGGUGGAAAAUAAAUGAAAAAAUGUACUGCGGUUAUCAAAUAGGUCACCAGACAGUGUUCCACAUAGCUAAUUUCCUGGUCAAUAUCAUGUUCCAGUGCAGUGGAAAACAAUCAGACAAGGCAUUUCUAGCAGAGUACAGCACUUACAACAUCAGCCAACCUUGUCCUAAUGGAUAUUAUGUCUGCUCUACUGGUUUGUGCAUCCGACAGUCUCAACGUUGCGAUGGAUCAGAUGACUGCUUUGAUGAAAGUGAUGAAGUAUUUUGUUCUCCACCAUCAAAAGAGUGCAAUACAAGCUCUCCACAGCACUACUUCAUCUGUAAUGGAGUCAAAGACUGUGAGAACGGCACUGAUGAACUCAAUUGCACAGACUCUGUGCCCUGCUCAAACAUCACCUAUAAAUGUAAGAAUAACCUAUGUAUUCGGAAGAGGAAUGCUAAAUGUGAUACAAGUGUAGACUGCUUGGACGGAAGUGAUGAAAUGAGUUGUGAUUGUGGUAAUAAGAGGCCGUGGGACUGGCGAAUAGUAGGAGGAUCUAAUGCUCGUGAUGGAGAGUGGCCUUGGCAAGUCAGCCUUCACUUUUCUGGGUCACCAUAUUGUGGGGCUUCAGUGAUAACAAAGGAAUGGCUCUUAUCUGCAGCACAUUGUUUUCAAGGGCAAAAGAUGUCUGAUCCCAGACAAUGGGUAGCUCAUUUAGGAAUGCAUUCUCAAGGGAAUGCAAAGUUUUCAAGUGAACUCAAAAGAAUCCUUGUCCAUGAAUACUAUAAUGGUCGAAACUUUGACUAUGAUAUUUCACUGCUACAACUGAAGAAAGCAUGGCCAGAUACAUUUGCAUCAGCAAUCCAAUCAAUCUGUGUCCCUUCACUGACUCAAGUGGUGCCCAAUGGAGAAAGGUGCUGGGUGACUGGCUGGGGGCAAAAACAGGAAGCAGACAACAGUGAUCCUACAGUUCUUCAACAAGCAGAAGUUGAAAUCAUUAAUCAAUCACUCUGUCGUUCCACCUAUGGACUCAUCACUCCUCGCAUGCUUUGUGCAGGAUUAUUAUCCGGGAAAAGAGAUGCUUGCCGAGGUGACUCUGGAGGACCAUUAUCUUGUCAGGAAAAAAUUGGUGGAAGAUGGUUUCUGACUGGCAUUAUCAGCUGGGGUCAUGGAUGUGGAAGACAAAAUUUUCCUGGAGUCUACACAAGAGUAUCAAAGUUUGCCACAUGGAUCCAGCAGCAUGUGUCUGCUUUGCCAAUUACUGAUGAUUUUAUAUAA